UUUCAGUAACGAUACCGCCAAAUUCGAAAAUUCGAAAAUAUUACACAUAAUAAAUAAAUACUUGAAAAAAGUAUUUUCUCGUUGCAUUUCAUUUUGAAGUCAUUCCUUAAUAAAACCAAAAUUCAAGUAUGGCGGCUAGAAUUCUAACUGAUUCACCUAAUGCUCAUAUAAACAAAACGAUUCUGGAUCGUUAUUUGGACUUACCUGUUGAGGAGAAUAUUGUACAAGCUACGUACGUUUGGAUCGAUGGCACUGGCGAGGAUCUACGUAGCAAGGAUAGAACCCUAGAAUUCAUUCCAACGAAACCAAGUGGUGAGUACAGUUAAUGUUAUUAUUUUAAG